AUGGCUCGACGCUCCUGGACCCCCGACCGGGGGUUUGUCAGUCAGACAGUGAUGAGGCCGGCAGCGGUCUCCACCAACCUCUCUCUGGAACUAUGCACCUGCCCGCCUACCCUGGGCUCCUCGGUAGCGGUCACCGCGUUAGAGCAGCUCCUUGUAGUGGAAAAAUCUCUGCAAGGUGACUAUUUCAAAUGCAAUGAAGAAGUUAAGACUUUUCUUAAGAACACUAUUACAGCUGUUAAAAAACUGGAGGAAAUGAGAAAAAACACGAUAGAGCUCCUGGAGAUUGAAAGCAUGGAGCUGAGCAAGCUUUACUUUCUGCUGGAUUCUGUGCCGAACUCCAUUAACAGGGAGAUGGAAGAGUGUAUCACAGAUGCCCGCAGACUAAAUCUUUCUGAGAUCAAACAGAUGAAAAGUAAGAUUGAAAAAAUGGAUAAUGAAGCAGUGUCUCUAAAGACAAGAAUAAUUGAGCUGAAGGAAAAGAACGAAGCUCUGGGUGUAAAGCAAGCAGAGCUGGCCGAGAAACAUGCAGAGUAUGUCCUGUCGCUGAACCAAACCAUGGAAGAAAAAGCCACAGCCACUAUCGACAUAAACAACACCUACACCAAAAUAAACAUAGAGAAAGAGGAGACAGAACACCAAAAGCGAAGUCUGCAAGAGACAAAUGAGCUAGUGGUAAAACAUCAAACAGAGUACAAUGAAAUGAAAGAACUUUUGACAGCCCAGCUGAAAGAGUUAAAGGAAUUCUGUGACACAAGGAGAAAAGAUACUUAUACUAAGAAGAAACGUUUGAACCGAUUACAAAAUAAAAUGAUAAGAAUGAAGAGAACAGUUACUUCCAGCACAAUGAUUCUUAGUGAUCACGGUAUAGAGAUGACACGGCUCCAGGAGUCAAUAGAAUCUUGGACGGCCAAGGUGGAAGAAAUUAAGAAAGUUUGUGGAACUUUGGAGGAAAAACUGAAAUUUUUUCAAGGCAACCAGGUGGAUUUGGAUAGUGACUCUUUCACCACGAAGUCUGGGUUCCUGACUGACAUACAUCAGAUAGGUGGAAAAAUGCACAAGCUGCACAUGGAGAACAAGAGACUCCGCGAGAGCCAGCAGGGCCUCCUCAGACAGUAUGAGCUUGUCUUGAAGGACGAGACUACCACAAAUCUGCAGAGACAGAAAAUCUAUAAUGAAACUCAGAAACAGCUGCAACUUAUUUAUCAGAAAGAAGCCUUCCUACGACAAAGAAAGCUCGACAUCAAAUCUAUGUACGAGGGAUUUGAAGCCCUUCAGGAACUUCAACAAUCAACAAAGGAAGUAUAUCAGAAACAAAUAAAAAUCCUGAUUGAAAAUCUGAUAAGAGAAAUUCAGAGAAGUGCCGUCUUUCAGUGGAAAAUACUGUGUGCGAAUAAUAGGCACGCAGCUUGGCUAGCAAAGAUGAAGUCAUUCCUGCGAAGAACUGUAAAGCAAAUCGAGAUCGCAGAAAGGAAGCGGGUUGAAUUAAUUCACGAGGCAAAGCAUACAGAAGAGGAGAUCUAUGAAUUUGUGGGCCAAAUUGAGAAUGUUAAAUUGGAAUUAAAGGAGGAAGAGAAGAUGUUUGUUAAAAAAGAAAGAAAGUUAAUCCAACAAUUACACAAAUUUGAGGAUCUCAUCAUUAAGGAAGCACAGAUUGCCAAAGAAAGGGAAGAGCAGCUGGUUGAGAGUAUUCCACAGCUUGAGACAGCAGAAAAUGAAUACGUAGAAAAGAACAGGGAACUGAAGGCCAUCCACAGUAAUCUCACAGCAAAGAAGCAAGAAGAAAAUUUAAUCAACACCUACAUUUCCCGCUUUAGAAAGGACAUCUUGAAAAGUAUGGCCAACACGGAGAAGUUGAAGCAAGAAUUAAAAUAUUUACGAGAUGUUGAAAGUCAAAAAACCAAAGAACAUUUUGAAGUUUUCAGGAACUUAGAAAAUGAAAUAUAUGUCAACGACCAAAAGGAAAUCCUUCUCAUGCUGGAGAAUAAAAAAUUAAAAGAGUUUAUCGCCUACCUGAAGAAAAAAGUCGAAGAGUUCAAAGAGAAGCAAAGAAUAACAGUGAAGGAUUCAGGGGACCUGGCUUGGCAACUGACAGCUCAGCACAAACAUUAUUCAGAUUUGGUGGCAGCAUUUCAGACCAUGACUAAGGACCUCACAAGCAGCGGAGAGGAGACUUUACAGGAGAUUAAGACGGUGAUUGAGCGGCUGUACUACCGGGACGAGAGGACCGAAACGAUGAGUUCCUGGCUCCUGGGAGGCAUCUCGAGGCUGCGUCUUCUCAUGGAGGAGAGCCCGGUGUUGAAUCUUGUUGAAAAGCUCGGUAAGGGAUUCCUGCCGCCUUACAGCAGCUAG